AUUUUUUAUGCUACUGAGCGCGUCGGAGAGCGCAUUCGGCAAGUAUUGCGGGAUGGACAAAAUCCGCCUCGACUUGUUGGAGGAACAGAAUUCGCAGGAAGGCAUGAGUCGUUCCAGCAAUUCACGCUAUGAAAUCGCUGGAAAGGCCUUCCACGGCUUGGAGAACGGCGUCGGGGAGUACGAUCUGUUGCAGAGGAACAGCUCACACAUCGCUAGGUGUUGCUGCCAGGGGAGACGGGAGAGUGAACAGGCGCGUGACCAGGCGAUGUCGGUGGUUAGCAGUUGCCGGGACAACGUGGGGUCGUAA